GGGAGAGUUUGGAAGAGAUGGUGAGAUUGGUUUUAAUGUGUAAAAAAGGAAGUAGAAGAGGAAAAAAGGAAGGAACAGUGGGAGACAAGAAUAUUGAGUUCAGUUUAGAAAUUUAUCUGGAUUGAGAACAUAUGUUGUGGCUUUCUUGUUAAAUUUCACAGAGAAGACACGUUUCUUAAAAUACUUUGUAAUUCUCAGUCAGUUUAAUGUAUCACAUUUAAGCUUGAAUAGUUGUGUCCACUUCUUGGAAGUCACCUGUCACAUUUUCUCUUUUCACUGUAUCUAAAUUUGCUAAAUGCAGACUUAGUUUAAUGGGCUCAUCAAACCCCAAGGCUGCUUUUUCCUUAUGAGGGAGGGACAGAUGAGAGUAAAUUUUCCUCAGGAGCUGGAGUAAAGAGGAAGAGACAGACAGAGAGACAGAAAGACAACAGGCAGGCAGAGACACGGAGACACAGAGACUCAAGGAUGGUGAAAGACGAACAGAAGUAGAGACAGAAACACCUAUAGUCUGACUCAUAGCAGUUCCUUAACAAGGCUCUUGCCUGUGUUUCCUGGAGGCGGAGACUGAUUUCGGAGACGGAGAUAAACUCGAUUCCUUCCACCUACAGACUCCUUUCUAAUGGUGUGGUGUGGUGGUAGCGGCAGUGGUGGUGAUGGGGUAUAUGUGUGAGUGUGUGUUGGGGUGCGUAUGUUUGUGUGUGUGUGUGCGCUCGUUACUGGAGGCAAAGAUUAGAAAUGAGAUACACAUAGAGCACAGUGGGUAUGAGCUCACGAGGUUCAGGUCAAUUAAUUUUACUGCAGCUUGACACUCGAGUCUAAAUCGCCUUGAGCCGGCAGCCGUGGGGACGCGGGACAGCAGGUGCAUGUUAUGUGGAUUGGUAGGGUCCCCCCGCCCCCGCUCCGCCUCCAUCCCGUGUCCGAUUUGGUGUGCAGCCUGGUCUCCUUUGCCUGAUGUGGAGCCGCAAAGGCCAGUUCCCCGCCCCUUCUCUCUCUCCGCCGCUCCCUCCUUCCUUACUCCACUCCCCUUUGUGACCGCUGGAGAUAUUGGCAAGUGUAGCGAGUGACUUGAUCAGAAUGUAGACCAGAAUCCGCUGAGCAGAAGGCAUGGAUAGUAUAUCGAGAGACCGACAACUGGAAGUAGAAGGAGGGUGAGAAAUUUUCCCUCAUUUCUCAGUGUGUGCUCCCUGAGUAUAUGGAGGCACAAUCAUCUCAGUAGCUCAGCCCCAAAUAGGGAUUUGUUAAAGUACGGCGGGUCAAGGAAAAACGGUCAGUGGAGGUGGCCACCCCGCGGUGGCAGAAACGCCCGGUAGCAGCAGGUGGCUUCUUCUGGAACCCAGCGCUAAUAGUCUCAGCGGCCUCAUGGGCAUAGGCUGCCCGGUGCAGUGGACUAAAACGCACCGCUGAACUAGAGCACCGAGUCUCCCUGGUGGCACUGGACACAGAUGGACCCCGAGGUCAUCGGGCGGGGCCUCCGGGCGCCUCCGCCACGGGCACCGCCUCAGCUGUUGCUGCUGCUUCUGCCUCUGCUGCUGUUGCUGCAGGUGGCCGUCCCAGCCUCUGCCUUUUCAGAAAACCUGCUGACCGCCCCGGGGGUGAUGGGGACCAGUCUGGUCUCCGCCAGCCCCGGGAGCGUGGUAGCUCCGGGAACUACUCCCUUUGAGGAGAGCCGGCUGCCGGUGUUUACUCUGGAUUAUCCCCAUGUGCAGAUUCCCUUCGAGAUUACCCUCUGGAUUUUGCUGGCUUCCUUGGCCAAGAUCGGCUUUCACCUCUAUCACAAGUUGCCCACAAUAGUGCCUGAAAGCUGCCUCCUUAUCAUGGUUGGACUUCUACUAGGUGGAAUUAUAUUUGGAGUAGAUGAAAAGUCUCCACCUGCAAUGAAGACAGAUGUAUUUUUCUUAUAUCUCCUUCCACCCAUUGUGCUUGAUGCAGGAUAUUUUAUGCCAACCCGUCCUUUCUUUGAGAACAUUGGCACCAUAUUCUGGUAUGCUGUUGUAGGGACCCUUUGGAAUUCUAUUGGCAUUGGGAUCUCUCUGUUUGGCAUCUGCCAAAUUGAAACAUUUGGCUUGACUGACAUCACUUUGCUACAGAGCCUGCUUUUUGGCAGCUUAAUUUCAGCUGUGGAUCCCGUGGCAGUGCUUGCUGUCUUUGAAAAUAUUCAUGUCAAUGAACAACUUUACAUCUUGGUAUUUGGAGAGUCACUGUUGAAUGAUGCUGUAACAGUGGUGCUGUAUAAUUUGUUCAAGUCCUUUUGCCAGAUGAAAACAAUUGAGACCAUUGAUGUGUUUGCUGGAAUUGCUAACUUUUUUGUGGUGGGAAUCGGGGGGAUAGUCAUUGGAGUCUUGCUGGGCUUUAUAGCAGCAUUUACCACCCGUUUCACACACAAUAUCCGAGUGAUUGAGCCACUCUUUGUCUUCCUAUACAGCUACUUGUCAUACAUCACAGCAGAAAUGUUUCACCUCUCAGGCAUCAUGGCGAUCACAGCUUGUGCUAUGACAAUGAAUAAAUAUGUGGAAGAAAAUGUAUCUCAAAAAUCCUAUACAACCAUCAAAUAUUUCAUGAAGAUGUUGAGCAGUGUCAGUGAAACCUUGAUUUUUAUCUUCAUGGGAGUGUCAACAGUUGGAAAAAACCAUGAGUGGAAUUGGGCCUUUGUUUGCUUCACCCUGAUCUUCUGCCUAAUCUGGCGUGCCCUAGGUGUCUUUGUUUUGACUCAGAUCAUUAACUGGUUUCGGACAAUACCUCUGACUUUUAAAGAUCAGUUCAUCAUUGCCUAUGGAGGACUACGAGGAGCUAUCUGUUUUGCUUUGGUCUUCCUUCUUCCUGCAGCUGUAUUUCCCAGGAAGAAACUGUUCAUUACAGCUGCCAUUGUGGUCAUUUUCUUCACAGUCUUCAUUCAGGGAAUAACAAUUCGACCACUAGUGGAGUUCCUUGAUGUGAAGAGGUCAAAUAAGAAGCAGCCAGCUGUCAGUGAAGAAAUUCACUGUCGGUUUUUUGAUCAUGUAAAGACUGGGAUUGAAGAUGUAUGUGGACAUUGGGGUCACAAUUUUUGGAGAGAUAGGUUCAAAAAAUUUGAUGAUAAAUAUCUGAGGAAGCUUCUAAUUAGGGAAAAUCAACCCAAGUCAAGCAUUGUUUCAUUGUAUAAGAAGCUGGAAAUAAAGCAUGCUAUAGAGAUGGCAGAGACUGGGAUGAUAAGCACAGUGCCAUCUAUUGCUUCAUUAAAUGAUUACCGUGAGGAAAAAAUAAGAAAACUGACCCCUGGUGAAAUGGAUGAGAUACGACAAAUAUUGUCAAGGAAUCUCUAUCAAAUACGACAACGUACACUGUCUUAUAACAGACACAACUUGACAACAGAUACAAGUGAAAGGCAAGCCAAAGAGAUUCUGAUCAGACGUCGGCAUAGCUUGAGAGAAAGCAUAAGAAAAGACAACAGCUUGAACUGGGAUAGAAGGGCAUCUACUUCAACAUCCCGAUAUUUGUCACUACCUAAGAACACCAAACUUCCAGAGAUGUUAAAAAGGAGACAUAAUGUAUCUAAAGCAGAUGGCAAUAGUAGUGACUCUGAUCCAGACACUGGGACCACAGUGCUCAAUUUGCAACCAAGGGCAAGGCGGUUUUUGAUGGACCAGCAUCAGAAGGCCCAACAGCAGUACUCCAUGGAAUGGAGAAAUGAAGUACAUGGAGAUGCCAGCAGAGUGCUGCCCUCCAUCACCAUAGUUCCUUCUGGCUCAGCAGCCCAAGCACAGACACCAGGUGUGCUCCGACAGCCUUUGCUCUCUAAAGCCAAAUUUGGCACUGUGAGAGAAGAAGGUUUGACUGAAGGAAAAAGACCAGUGCCUCCCCCCAGGCUAGUCAGGCGGGCCUCAGAGCCUGGAAACCAGAAAAACAGAUAUGGAAGUGAUAACCCUUAGUGGAAACAGCCAAAACAGAACUGUGGUAACUUGCCUAACACAUCUGUAGCUUAUUAUGCUGAAAUCUGACAGAAGAAUUGAAUCCAUAUUAAACUCACUACAGAUCUAAAUAUUUUCUGUGGGAGGCAGGGCCAACCCAUCGAUUUAAUGGGAUGAAAUGAAAAGCCCAGAAGGAGGAAAGCAAACAAAACAAAGAAAAAAACAUAAAGCAUUUUUUAUGAUUAGCUUCUAGAAAUUGCAUUUUUUCUAGGCUUGAAAAAAUAAAAGUGUGCCUUUAAUGGUUCUGGAAUUGAAUAACAGAGCUAAAAUAUUUUUUAGCAAACACCAUUGAUGGUGAAAACUUCUAUCUAUGCCUCAUUUGAGCUUUUAUUUAUUAAACUUUCUUUUCAUCUAUAACCAAUGUCUAAAUCAAUAGCACCUUCAAUUUUUAAAAAUGCAUAGAACAUUUUUCUUGAAAAAGAAGGCAGAACAAUAUGGAGCUGUUUUUGAAGAAUGUCUAUCAUCAGAGAUUGUGGGGGAAGUUUCCCCUAUUGCAGUGGGCUGACAAAGAAUUUUUUUUUUUUUUUUUUUUUUUGCUGAGGCACUUGGGGUUAAGUGACUUGCAUAGGGUCACACAGCUAAGAAGUGUUAAGUGUCUGAGGCCAGAUUUGAACUCAUGUCCUCUUGACUUCAAGGCUGGUACUCUUAUCUACUGGACCAUCUAGCUGCCCCCAUAAAGAGUAUUUUUCACAAAUAGAGUGUUCAAAUACAUCAUUCUUAUGUCUCAAUCAGGAAAAUCAUCAGAUAAGCUAUAUGGACAAAAGUGACCUGGUUGUCAUCAGGUGGCCUUAAGGCUGUGUGAUCCCACCCCUCUAUGUUAAUAAGGAGCAACUAUUUCUCAAUUUGUUCCUCUAUAUCCUGUGUUUGGCUGUGAUAUGAAAAUUGAAUCUUCACUUCAUGUUUACCUGGUGCAAACUGGACAAUGUAGGCAAGAAUUGGCAUAUGGUAGGUUGUAGACUUACCUGACUAUGAAGUUCCAUCCACACCAUUUGUAAGCGGUGUGGGAGGCAGCAGAGCAUCUCAGAGUUCCAUGUGUUUACAUUGUAUUGGUUGAUAAAUUAUACUGUGCAAUAUUAGGAAGGACGCAGGCAGUCCUAGAUCCAUGCCUACUCAUUACCCCCUCUUCAGGUAGAAUUUCCCUUUUGGGGACUGUAAGGCAUUGAAUCCAGGUCAUUAGUUGAGAAGAAAAAGCAUCUUCCAAAAAUUUAUGACAAUGAAAGAAUUCUCAUGGUUAUUUAUUGAUUUGUAGAACAGAAGACAUGUUCAUGUGAGAAUUUAAAAUAACCUGCUAUAUCUACUUAAAAAAAUAGUAACCUAAAGAUGGUUAUAUAUAAAGCAAAUGCAAUUAUACUCAAUCCUUUUUUUUUUUAAUUUAAAUUGAACCCUAGGUAUAUGAGUAAUUUAAAGUGUAGCAUAAAGUUAAGGAUCUGUGAAAUUUAAUUAAAAUAAUUAAUUUGAUUCAUUAUUCCUUGUAACAUAACUUUGCCUUAGCCUUCCCUUUUUUCCUUCCAAAUAACACCCUUUUAAAACUUCAUUGGCAUUAAGAUUUAGACUAAUUAAUUAUAUCCACAUAUAAAAUUGAAAUUCUGACAGUUUUCCUGUUUUUCACAUUGGUAAAAACUGAAAAGGCUACAAAGAACUGAUUUGUAUUAUUGAGAAAAGAUGUGAAAAUGGGUAUGGUUAAUUAAUUAGAAGAUUCAAUCCAAGAUUUUCAUCUUUAAUUUGUAUAUAGAAGCCUUCUUCAUUGUUGCUCAUAUCCUGCACCCCAAAUCCCUUGUAAUAUGAUUAGGGAUGAGACUGGAGGCAAUGUGACCAAACCAGAACAAAAACGUCUGUCAGCCCCACACUUUGUUUCUGAACCUCUAGAGAUGUCUUGUAGAUAACUCAAGUUAUGUGAAGAAACAGUUUUUAAACCACUUUGACUUUAGAUCUCGUGCCAAAAUCCAAAACCAAAAAACUCUACCAAAAACCAACAUGAAAAAUAAAUCCCACCAGAACUUUAAAUAUAGAAUAACUAUUCAUAAAUUUUUCUGUAAAGAGGAAAAAUAGAGGUGGUUUAUAUUUUGAUGAAGGCAUAAUAUAAUUGAGUUUAAAAGAUUUGUUAAUUUUUUUUUUAAAGCCAAGAGUAAGUUCUAGUUUUCAUUUUAGUAUAAAGUCAUAAUUUAAAAUGUAUAGAAAGUGAAGGAGAAAAGGAAAAUGACCUUACCAGUUCCCCAUUUUUGACCACAAUUUUCAUGUAAGAUUACAAGGAGGGAACAGGGAAAUCUUUAUAACUCAUUUGUUACCAAAAUUCAAGUUUCACUUAUAAUAUUCACAUUAUAAAUUUGCAUAUCAUUUGUAAAUUUAUUUUUACAAAGACAAAUUAAAAUGCCUUUUAAUCUGUAAUUUGGAAAAAAAAAUCAGUGCCUUGAACAUAGUAAAUAUAUGUUUAGUCAAACUGAAUUAAUAUUUAUGGUUAUUGUUCCCUGUUUUAAACAAAGUAAGAGAUAGUUAUCUAAGCUUGCCUUUUGUUUUUUUUUUCCUUUCCCCUAUCAGCCAUUAUGAUUGCAAUUGUUGUCUUUGGUAAUCAUAUGGGAAUUUUAGUAAUGUUUAAGGCAAAGAGAGUAUAAGUCUUUAUUAUAACACCUCCCUUUAAAUAAUUAACAUCAUAAUAGAAUAUUUGCAUAAUAAAAAGAUUGUCAUAGCUCAGGUAAUGGCUCAUUUUAUUUCAAGCAUUAUUGGACAACAAAUUUUUAGUACAAGAACAACAGUAACAAAAUCUGACUGGAGAUUGUUGUAACAGAAGUUAACUUGUAUUGUAGACAGGCCUUCUCGUAUGAUGAGGACUCAUUUUAAGGCAAUUUAAAACUGAAAACAGGUAUAAAUUAGGUUUUUAUUUUUUUUGAAACAAUUUAUUCAAAGAUGCCACAUUGAGAUGGCUUUCUUUAGGUCUUAAGAUCUUGCAGAUUUAUAUAUUUUGUAUUAGUUAGCCUUUGGUAACUUCAGGAUCUCAGCUAUCUGGGAUGACUUUUUGUUUUAGUUUAGAUUAUAUUUUGUAGUGAAACUGGACAAUGAUACCCGAGUGAGGGAGGGUGAUUGUUAAUUUAUCUUUUAAAAACCUUGAAUUAAAAUGUAUAAAAUCACAUUAAUUUAUUAAAUACUUAAGCACAUUUUGCAUUUGUUGCACUAUCCAAGGUAUAUUUAUAUUGAAAUUGGUAUUUCAAUAUCAGAUGUAAAAAUCACAAUGUUUGUAUUGAUUGGAAAAUGAAGUUGUCUAUAUUCUGUAAAGAAUGAUUAAAGACUUUGCUUUAUUUGAUUAAGUGGAAGUACAAAUUGACACUGUCAGCCAAGGUUUGGAUGAAACUAGGUAUGGCCUCCCCUUCUCACUAUAGACAAGAUUAUACCAGAUUUCCUCUCCUGUUGAAUAUAUUAUUUUGUUUUAUUCCUAUAAGACAUUUUUAUUCUCUCCUUAUUCAGUUUCUAAUGUCUUAUUAUUUUUUAUGUCAUUACCAAGGAAAGCUGAAUAUUCAUUAUGAAUUGUACCUUAGUUUCCAAAUUAUUUGACAUUAUAAAACUAAACAUCCAUAAGAUUUAUUGAAUUUGUUAAUUAGUUGUUUGAUAUCAUUCAUUUUUUCUUCUUUCAUUCUUUAGAGUUUUGUUUUUGUUUUUUUAAUCAAAAGAGUUCUAUUUUAUAAAACCAUGUGCAGAUACAACAAAUUAUAAAUCAACAUGUUUAUUUUAAUGGUGAGAGAAUGGGGUGUUCAGAUUACCAGAUUGUUACCAUAACUAUCUGAAAGGAAGCAUAAGAUGGUGGAUAGAGAGUUGAACUCAGUCUUAGGUUAGGUUCGAGUCCUUGCUUUUGAUACAUCCUAGUGAUGUGACCACUUAAUCCUGCCUUGGCCCAGGAAACUCUCUUACGAGUAUAAAUUGCAAUUGCUAAUGUGCAUUUUAGGGCAGCUAGUGACUCAGUAGAUAGAACAAUGGGGAUGAAGUCAGGAAUAGUCACCUUUGUGAACUCAAAUCUGGCCUCAGAUACUUACUAGUUAUAUCAUGCUAGGCAAGACAAUUAGUUUGCAUUGGUUCCUCAUCUAUAAAAUGAGCUGGAGAAGGGAAUGGCAAACCAUUCAAUGCCAAUAAACCUCAGUGGGUUCAGGAAGAGUUGUAUUCAAAUGAAUAACAACAACAAAUAUGCAUUAUAUAUAGGGAGUUUCCAUACCUGGAAUUCCUUGCACUAAUGAAGUCACAGGUUUUGGCCAAAAUAACAAACAAAAAAGAUCAUAUCCACCAUACAGACAUGCUUAAUUUUUAAAUAAGUAGAUCACAAUAAAAUAUAUUUUGCAUAAAAACUAUAUAGAUUGUAAUUUCAUCUUUUCUUGAUCAUUCAGAAGAUAUUUCAGAAUCUUAUCUGACUUGUAUUCCUUGUUGUGAAUAUAAGUUAUCUUCUGUAGAUAUAUAUAAUAGAUUUUUGUAAUUAAUAGAAACUUCAAUAGAAUAACUGAUAUUUCAUUGUUCUUUUUUUUUCCUCAAAGAUUUUUCAUUUCUGUAGCAAAAUAUAUGAAAUGUUAAAUUUAAUUGUACCAAAUUCUGGGCACAAUGAAAUGAUUACUGCAAUUGUUAUUGAUUCUCAUUUUGAUAAGACAUUUACAUAUCAUAAACUACACUAUAGGAUCAAGCAGUCUGAGUGCAUGAUAAAGUUUUAUUAUUUUAAAUUAUAUGAAAUAAUUCAAAGUAGGGCAAUAAAAUAUGUCAGAAUAGAGUGUUAGGGGUUCUACUUUAAUGAAUAAAAUAUUUCUAAUUAAUAUACUGAUUGUUUAUAUCUAAAUGAAUACUUACCAAAUACUUGAGAUAGUUUGUAUUAUAAAGUAAUUUAAACAUUCCCCCUAAAAUUGUGUUUAAAGUAUCAGUUUACUUUUAAAAAAUGGUUUUUUUCCCCCUCACCAAAAGUCUAUUUUAUCCAAAUCUUAUUUUAAAAAACUUUAAUUGUAUUUUUAAAAUUGCAAAUAGCAGGUUUCAAAUUAUAUGAAAUUGUUGUAUACACCAGAGUCCUAAAUAGGGUGAAUGGUGUUUUGCUCAGGUUGCCAAAUUUAGAGGACAUUCAUUAAUUACACACCUUCAACUAAGGUAAAAACAACUAAGCCUUGCAAGAUUAUUUAGAGCAAGAAUAAUAGAAUAAUUAGUUGAAAUAUGAAGAUAACAAAUGCAAUUUGUUCUGUUCUCUGGAUAAGCUCUGUAUUAUUGUCUUGAGGUCUUUUUGUCUCUUUUAUGUCUGUCUGUCUUGUCUAUCUCUCCCCCUCCCUCCCUCCUUUCCUCCCUCCUUCUCUUGUACUCUCUCUCUCAUUCUUUGUGCCUGUCUCUGUCUCUUUCUAUUCCUAUCUUUCGCUCUCUCUCUCUCUUCUCUCUAUCUCCCUCUCUUUCUUCUCUUCUCCCUUUCCUGCCACCAACAGGCAUUUUAUAGCACAUUAUCCAAGGUCUUUCUUCUAAAUCCCAGCUUCAACUGGUUGAUAAUUUAUAUGGGAUCUUAUAACUGAAUAUUAGUGGUUGUGAAAUUAUGAUUUAUUAUAUUUUAUAUGUGCUAUAAUUUGGCUGAUUCCUUUGUGUAGCCACAGAUUCCUUCAGCACUUUAAAACCUAAAUGAAAAUUUUCUAGAAAAUCGGGGUAUGGGGAAGAGAGAAGCUUUCAAAACCCCUUAAUAGUACUUUUCCAUUGUUAUUAACAAUGAACACUUUCAGCAUAAUUCCAGAAUCUUGUUGUGCAUGUUACCAGGAUGGAGAGUAGUAAAGAAACUGAGAGUAUCUCUUCCAAAGAAGUACAAGGAGAGCAAAACAAUGGUCAAAGCAAUAGGUAGCCGGAAUUGAAAGGUAAGUAAAAAGUCCAGUCCUUUAGUACCAGGAGAGGAAAAAAACAAGAGAUCUAAGAUAUACAGCCUGGGAAGGAAAAAAUAUUUCUGAAGUUAACACCUACACGGCUCCUAACUCGGAACUCCUGGAUGCUUGAUAUUAUCCCCACAUUUCCCCAUUUUUUAUGCCUAACCCAGAGCCUUCAUCUCUACCCAUUAAGUUCCCUCUCAUCUACAAAAUCACAGAACAAGAGACCUCAGAAGCCAGCUAAUCCAAUUCAAUCCCUAAAGAAAUCUGUUGAACACUCAAUUGGUCACUUCUGAAAAAACUCCAAGGUAAAGAAACAAAGAGACAGCCCAUUCUACUUUGAGACAGCUCUAAGUGUGGGUGGGUGUGGGUGUCUAGGUGUAUGGUGUUUCUUUUCUUUUAAAUAUGCCAAUUCCCUUCAACUAAUCUCCUUAUAACAUGGACUCAAGACCUUUCAUUAUCGUGAUUGCCUUUCUCUGGACACUGUCCAGCUUGUUAGUAUCCUUUUUAAACUGUGGCAAUUUAAGCUGAUGGCAGUAAUCUGUCAUCAUCUGAACUGAUGGCAAUAAUCUAGAUGAGGUCUGAAUAAGAUAGAGUACAAUGGAACUGUUGAGGUUCAGAAGAGACCCCAAAAAGUUGGGGUUGCAGACUGGUGUCACGAGGUGUCUCAAAAUAUUUUUUUGCAAAAAUUUGCAGAUUUGAUCCUAUAUUUAAGUCAAGGGGCAAAGUUUAUUGUAAUUGUAAUGCCAAUUCCAAAAUAAUUUUAGUAAAGAACCAGCAGCAAGAUCAUUUUAUAGAAAAAAGACAGAGAUCAGGUGCUUCAUGUCACUGAUAUGCUAAUUUUGUGGCCCAGAGGAAGAACUGAGGAGUGGUCUUAAGAAUUUGGUUAUCACUGACCAGCAGAUCAUGUAUCUGAAAGUCAGAAAUGUUUGUUGACUGACAUUGUUAGAAGAGCACUCCCAAGGUUGGGGAGACCUCGGGAUCACUGAUUUUAAAGCCAGAAGACUUGAGGAUUAUUGACAGAUUGUUAGAACAGUAGCACUCUAAGGUCAAGGGGACCUCCUUACUGCUGUUUUCCAUAGAAGUUAUACUCCCUUCAGAACCUUGUUCCUGGAAUGCCUCUGGAAUGAAAACUUCUGCCUUAAGUCAUGGAACCUGCAUAUAUAGCUUGAAGCUGGCAGGUAGAGUAGUAUAGGAAAAGUGUCUGCACUUCUAUUUUAAGAGUCAGGGAAGAUGUAUUUCUGUUCUCUCAAAUUAGAAUCCUAAAUUCACUUGUGUAAAGAAACAUUACCCUAUAGGGUAGUUAACUGUGGCUUAUUGAAAAGGAGGAGUCCUGAGUUCUAGCUCUGUCUGCCACUGAUUUGGCAAAUUACUUUGAGUUCUCAACUCCUUUUUUCUGAGUCUCAGUUUCCUUAUCUCUAAAAUGAGAAUGAAUUGAAUAACAUCCAAAGUCUCAUCUAGCUGGAAAUGGCUAUCCACUGGUAUUUAUGGUCUCUUCCAGUUUUAAAUACAAUGAUUAUAUGUAACAGUUACUCUUUUAUCUACUAUAUCUCAAAUUCCUUAUGGGUCAGAUGGGACCCUAUGUGCUACCCUGGGAACCUGAUUAUAUAUACUAUUGUUUCUGUGGGAACAUUACAUUACAAAAAAUCAACUUUUAAACACAAACUCAGUAGAGUUUGAGGAAUUCCUUUAUUGGUUUUAAUAAUAAAUCCACCAGCUUCUUUUACUAUUAGACAUCUAAAAAUAAUUUUAUUCAGAAAAUUAAAUCUUAAAAUAUAGUGAACGGAAAUGUACAAUUGUUUAUAAACCUCUUAUGUUCAAGUCACUCAGGUCAUUCUUUAAUACUGCUAAAUGAAUACUCAUCCCAAAGAGAUAGGAAAAUGAUAUUGCCUUAGUUUUAGUGAUAUAUAGACCAAAAGUUUAGAACUGCAGAAAGAUAUUGUUAGAGGUUGCAAUAAAAACCAAAAAUGGUAAAGUUCAAAAAUCUCUGCAGUAUCUGUGGUACAUGUUGUAGAAAGCUCAAAACUAUACAAAUUAUACUUACAAGUAUGAAUAUAAACAUCUACACAGUCCAAAACAAGAAGUCAGGAAUAGAUAUAUUUGUUGCCGCUAGUCAUUAGUUUCUUUCAAUUUGUACCUCAGUAAGUAAAUUCAGAAUUGUCAUAGCAUGGGCUACUACUCCAAAAAAGAAGGCUAGGCUAUUGAAUUCCAAAGUUCAUGACUUACUUAAAAGCCUUGAUGAAACCUAUUCUUUAAAAAGGAAAUUAAGAUAUUUUUGAGAAAGAUGUGGUCUCACAAAAGUUACUUUCCAUCUAGCCAGGUUUUCUAAUUGUAAUUGUUAGUUAAUAUCUGAAUCACUUUUUAAAGUGUAGAUUGCUUUGGGAAGAGGCAUUUCUGUUGAUUGACAUAUGUGUAUCAAUAAGUUCAAGACAUAUUAAAAUAAAAAUAUUUUUGUUGCACUAAA